UGUGGCUCAGGGUGUCGCGGUGAUUGUCCACGGCGACCGUCGCAAUUGCGUUCAAGCCAUGGCGGAGCUCGCUGGCUUCAACGUGAACCAUGGUUUCACCGAGGCAGUCGUGCGAGGCCUGCGCACGGGCUUCCUCGAGCCCGAGGACUACAGGCGCCUGGCUACCUCGGACUCCCUGGAGGACUUGCGGAGCGCCCUAGAGGAGACCGACUAUGGGAACUUCCUCCAGGACGAGCCCUCGCCUCUCCUCGUGUCGACGAUCUCCAAGAAGUGCUACGAGAAGCUCGCAGAUGAGUUCAGGUAUGUCAAGGCUCAGACAGUCGAACCGCUCACAACGUUCCUGGACUUCAUUGCGAGGGAGAAAAUGAUCGACAACAUCGUCGUGCUCAUUCAAGGCGCUCUGAACAACAAGGCCCCGAAGGACCUUGAGGACAAGAUCCACCCGAUCGGCGCGUUCGACAAGGCCGCCAUGAACAUGAUCAUGUCGGACUCAUUCGACCCCCAGGGCGGCUUCGACGACAUCUACCGGAUCUUCUUGCAGGAUACCCCUAUCGGGCCGUAUUUCGAGGAGUUCCUGGCAGACAAGAACCCAGACAAGGAAGACCCGCAGAAAGGCCUCGACAAGCGCGGUAUCCUCAGCAAGCAGGACUUGGAGAUCAUGAAAGGGCUCUUGAAGAAGGCGUGGCUCGAGGACUUUCACAAGUUCGUCCUGAGCCUGGGCGGCACCACGUCGGAGGUCAUGGGCGACAUCCUGAAGACGGAGGCGGACUUCCGCGUGCUGCUCGUGACGCUCAAUGCGCUGAACACGCACCUCAGCACCGGCUCGGAGGGCGCGCUCAAGGAACGGAACGAUCUGUGGCCCUCAUUCGGCUACCUGUACCCCGAGGGCCAGAAGGCAUUGGGAGUGGCGUUCAACGAGAGCACGGUCCGGGAUUCCCUGAGCCACCCCGCCAAGUACUUGCAGCUCUUCGACCAGGUGAAGUCUUACUACGGCGCCGAGGCAGAGCAAGCCGCGAAGGGGAACCAGUCGAUGGAGGAUCUGAUCUACGCCGAGAACGUGAAAAUGUACGAGAUGGCAUUCGAGCAGCAGUACCAUUUUGGCAUCUUCUACGCCUGGGUGAAGCUCCGGGAGCAGGAGAUACGCAACAUCCGCUGGAUCGCGAACAUGAUCAUCCUGCAAACGAAGGAUCACAUCGACGACACAAUCGUUCCCAUCUUCCAGCCCCGCCUGUGAGGGACGCGCCCGCUGCUGCAGACCAGUGCGGGCGCACCGCAGUCUGCGAAGAAUACAGUAGCUAUAGGGAGUGUCUGCGGUCUUAUACGCGCGACAGGCCGGAUAGGUGUCGGAGUACGCUCCGUUUCGGGAUGAAGCCAGCAGCGGCGCACCGCGACUGCUCGUGGUGAUGCUGGCCCUCGUCUCAUCGAGCGACGUCCAGGCGAGUGGUCUCAGGCCUCACGCCUCUUUGCAAGCAGCUCGAAGUCCUUGUCGUCGCCCUUCUCCUCCUCCCUCCGCUGCGUCCGCUUCCUGCUCCCUGCGGCCUCUGCUAUUUCUGUUGUGGUCGCGCCUGCUCUUCGAAAUCUUGGCUUAGUGUGACCCCCAUAUUUCAGGAGGGAAA